AUGGCGGACCGCGAGGCGUCGCCCGUCCCGCUGGAGAUCCGAGCCCGGCUGGCGGAGCUGGAGCUGGAGCUGUCAGAGGGGGACAUCACUCAGAAGGGUUAUGAGAAGAAGAGGUCCAAACUGAUCAGGGCAUUUGUUCCAUAUGCUGGAGGAAUGGAAGGGCCCAUGUCUCACCGGGCCCCACUCGGCCCCCCCUCUGCGGCCCGUUUCCACCGGCGGAGAACCUCCGGCACAAGAGACGAGCGCUACCGAUCAGAUGUCCACACCGAGGCCGUGCAGGCGGUGCUGGCGCGGCACGUGGAGCGGAAGGUGGCGGUGCCCAUGCCGUCCAAAAGACGUUCACUGGUGGUGCAGACCUCCAUGGAUGCAUACACGCCUCCAGGCCUGUCGCCCCUGUGCUCAGACUCGUCCUCGGGCUCGGAGGAGGAGGCGGGGCCGGGCGACGACAUGUCGGGCAUGGAGCACUGGAUGAGCCGCCCCUCCCAGCUGGGCCCCGCCCACCUGGGCUCCACCUCCUCCUCGUCCUCGUCCACGCAGAGCGGCGGCAGCGGCAACGCUGGGCGCCUGGCCGACUCGCUGGCGCACACGCACAUCUCGCACCUGACGCACGCACACCUGGCGCACACGCACCUGGGCCAGUCGCUCCACCAGCAGAGCCUCCUGUCCCAGUCCCACCACGGUAUCGGCCACUUGUCCCUGAAGAGGAAGGGAGUUCUGAGCAUCGCAGAGAACGGAGGAUCUCUGCGGCGAUCCUGUGAGUUUGGCUCCGACAUGCUGUGGCCGCCGCCGCUGGAGUCCGACGAGAAUCACUCGGCCCCCCCGGACGUGACGGGCUACUCGUCGGACUCGUCUCACUCCCACACCGAGCGUCACCACAUGUCCAACAUGGGAACCAUCGCCAGGAACACGCAGAAGUACGGCAACGCCGAGCGCAUGGAGACCGGCGACGGUGUCCCGGUCAGCAGUCGUGUGUCGGCGAAGAUCCAGCAGCUGGUGAACACGCUGAAGCAGCCGCGCCGGCCUCCGCUCCGAGAGUUCUUCGUGGACGACUUCGAUGAACUUCUAGAAGUCCAGCAGCCGGACCCCAACCAGCCACGGCCGGAGGGGGCGGAGAUGAUGCUGGUGCGAGGCGAGGCGCUGGGGGUGGUCACUAACUGGCCCCCCUCCCUGGAGGCGGCCCUCCAACGCUGGGGAACCAUUUCUCCGAAAGCCCCCUGCCUCACCAGCCUGGACACGGCAGGCAAGCCCCUCUACGUGCUCACGUAUGGGAAGCUGUGGUCUCGCAGCAUCAAGCUCGCCUACAACAUCCUCCACAAACUGGGCAGCAAGCAGGAGCCCAUGGUGCGACCGGGGGAUCGGGUGGCGCUGGUGUUCCCUAACAACGACCCAGUGGCCUUCAUGGUGGCCUUCUACGGAUGUCUGCUGGCCGAGGUGGUGCCCGUCCCCAUCGAGGUGCCCCUGAGUCGCAAGGAUGCCGGCAGCCAGCAGAUUGGGUUCCUGUUGGGAAGCUGUGGCGUUACCGUGGCGCUGACCAGUGACGCCUGCCACAAGGGUUUGCCCAAGAGUGCAACAGGAGAGAUCCCCCAGUUCAAAGGUUGGCCCAAGCUGCUGUGGUUUGUAACGGAGUCGAAGCAUCUGUCCAAACCUCCCAGAGACUGGUUCCCUCACAUCAAGGAUGCAAACAACGACACUGCUUACAUAGAGUAUAAAACCUGUAAGGACGGCAGCGUGCUGGGGGUCACGGUGACGAGGAUCGCGCUGCUCACACACUGCCAGGCGCUCACGCAGUCCUGCAGCUACACUGAGGCGGAGACCAUAGUGAAUGUUCUGGACUUUAAGAAGGACGUGGGCCUGUGGCACGGCAUCCUGACGAGUGUCAUGAACAUGAUGCACGUGAUCAGCGUGCCCUACUCGCUGAUGAAGGUCAAUCCUCUGUCGUGGAUCCAGAAGGUCUGCCAGUACAAAGCCAAGGUGGCCUGUGUGAAGUCCAGGGACAUGCACUGGGCUCUUGUGGCCCACAAAGACCAGAAGGACAUCAACCUGAGCUCGCUGCGCAUGCUGCUGGUGGCCGACGGAUCCAAUCCCUGGUCGAUCUCCUCCUGCGACGCCUUCCUCAACGUGUUCCAGACCAAAGGGCUGAGAGCCGACGUCAUCUGUCCCUGCGCCAGCUCGCCAGAGGCCCUCACAGUGGCCAUCAGGAGGCCGGUGGAGGACAGCAGCCAGCCCCCGGGACGAGGGGUCCUGUCCAUGCAGGGUCUGACCUACGGGGUCGUCAGGGUGGACACAGAGGAGCGUCUCUCUGUCCUCACCGUGCAGGACGUGGGCACCGUCACACCAGGAGGCCUGGUGUGCGUGGUGCGGCCGGAGGGCGUCCCUCUGCUCUGUCAGACGGACGAGAUCGGCGAACUCUGCAUCUGCUCCAUCGCCACCGGCACCUCCUACUACGGCCUGACUGGCAUGACCAAGAACUGCUUCGAGGUUUACCCGGUGAGCUCCAGCGGGGGGCUGGUCAGCGAGUACGCCUUCGUGCGGACCGGCCUGCUGGGCUUCAUCGGCCCCGGCGGCCUCGUCUUCAUCACAGGCAAGAUGGACGGACUCAUCAUGGUGAGCGGGCGCCGGCACAACGCCGACGACAUCGUGGCCACGGCGCUGGCGGUGGAGCCGAUGAAAUUUGUCUACAGAGGAAGGAUAGCCGUGUUCUCUGUGACGGUUUUGAGGGACGAGAGGAUCGUGGUCGUGGCCGAGCAGAGACCCGACUCCACGGAGGAGGACAGCUUCCAGUGGAUGAGCCGCGUCCUGCAGGCCAUAGACAGUAUCCACGGCGUGGGCGUGUUCUGCCUCUCGCUGGUCCCGGCCAACACGCUGCCUAAGACCCCCCUGGGUGGGAUCCACCUGUCGGAGAUCAAGCAGCUGUACCUGGAGGGGGGGCUGCACCCCUGCAACGUGCUCAUGUGCCCCCACACCUGCGUCACCAACCUGCCCAAACCCCGGCAGAAACAAGCAGAGAUCGGACCUGCCUCUGUGAUGGUGGGGAAUCUGGUGUCAGGGAAGAGGAUCGCUCAGGCCAGUGGAAGAGAUCUGGGACAAACUGACGACAACGACCAGUUCCUGUUCCUGUCGGAGGUUUUGCAGUGGCGAGCUCAGACCACACCGGACCACGUCCUCUACACUCUGCUCAGCUCCCGGGGGGCGGUGUCCAGCUCUCUCACCUGCCUGCAGCUGCACAAGAGAGCAGAGCGAGUGGCGGCCCUGCUGAUGGAGAGAGGGGGUCUUCAGGAAGGAGACCACGUCGCCCUGGUCUACCCUCCAGGCAUCGACCUGAUCGCGGCGUUCUACGGCUGCCUGUACGCCGGCUGCGUCCCCAUCACAGUGAGGCCCCCCCACCCUCAGAACAUCUCCACCACCCUGCCCACCGUCAAGAUGAUCGUCGAGGUGAGUCACUCAGCCUGUGUGAUGACCACGGCGGUCAUCUGUAAGCUGCUGCGCUCCAAGGAGGCCAUGGCCACUGUGGACAUCAGGAACUGGCCUCCUGUUCUGGACACUGAUGACCUGCCAAAGAAGAAGCCUCCAGCUCUCCAUAAGCCGUCCAACCCUGAAGGCCUGGCCUAUCUGGACUUCAGCGUGUCCACGACCGGCAUGUUGGCCGGAGUUCAGACGUCCCACAAUGCCGUGGGAGCCUUCUGCCGGUCGGUGAAGCUGCAGUGUGAGUUGUACCCGUCCAGAGAAGUGGCCAUUUGUCUGGAUCCUUACUGCGGCCUGGGCUUCGUCCUCUGGUGUCUCUGCAGUGUGUACUCGGGCCACCAGUCCAUCCUGAUCCCUCCGGUGGAGCUGGAGUCCAACCCGGCGCUGUGGCUGCUGGCCGUCAGCCAGCUGCGGGUGCGAGACACCUUCUGCUCCUACAGCGUCAUGGAGCUCUGCACCAAGGGACUCGGCCUGCAGACCGAGGCGCUCAAGGCUCGAGGUCUGGACCUGUCCCGGGUUCGGGCCUGUGUGGUGGUGGCCGAGGAGCGGCCCAGGAUGUCGCUCACUCACUCCUUCUCCAAGCUGUUCAAAGACCUCGGCCUCCACCCCCGCUCCGUCAGCACGGCCUUCGGCUGCAGAGUCAACCUGGCCAUCUGCCUGCAGGGCACUUCAGGGCCGGACCCCACCACCGUGUACGUGGACAUGAGAGCGCUGCGUCACGACAGGGUUCGGUUGGUGGAGCGAGGUUCUCCUCACAGUCUGCCGCUGAUGGAGUCCGGCAAGAUCCUGCCUGGAGUUCGGAUCAUUAUCGCCAACCCGGAGACGAAGGGACCUCUGGGAGACUCGCACCUGGGAGAGAUUUGGGUGCACAGCGCUCAUAACGGCAGCGGCUACUACAGCGGUUACGGCGAGGAGGUUCUCCAGUCGGACCACUUCAGCUCCAGACUGAGUUUCGGCGACACUCAGACGACCUGGGCCAGGACGGGUUAUCUGGGUUUCCUGCGCCGCACCGAGCUCACCGACGCCAACGGAGAGCGACACGACGCCCUGUUCGUGGUGGGAGCUCUGGAGGAGGCCAUGGAGCUGCGAGGGAUGAGAUACCAUCCCAUCGACAUCGAGACCUCCGUCAUACGGGCACACAAGAGCAUCAUGGAGUGUGCCGUCUUCCCCUGGACCAACCUGCUGGUGGUGGUGGUGGAGCUGGAGGGCUCCGAGCAGGAAGCCCUGGACCUGGUUCCCAUGGUGACCAAGGCGGUGCUGGAGGAGCACUACCUGAUUGUGGGCGUGGUCGUGGUGACGGACAUCGGCGUCAUCCCCAUCAACUCCCGCGGCGAGAAACAGCGCAUGCACCUCCGCGACGGCUUCUUACAAGACCAGCUCGACCCCAUCUACGUGGCCUACAACAUGUAG